CCGCCUCCCUACUCCCCCUCCAACUCUGGCUUUGUUCCUCAGGGGAUUGCGAAAGCCCCAGGACUACAUAAAGCAUUCCCUCUCUGGGUGGUCUGGCCACUGCCCCCAACACACAGAUCUUGAGAGGCUGCAGGGACUGGCACUGACUGGGUAAGAUGGCCUACACCAGGAGAGCUCUGCCCUGUCUGCUGCUGCUGGCACUCACCUUCCUGGGCAGCAGCAUGGCAGAGCGGGACUGCCGGGUGAGCAGCUUCAAAGUCAAGGAGAACUUCGACAAGAACAGGUACAGCGGCACCUGGUAUGCCAUGGCAAAAAAAGACCCUGAGGGGCUGUUCCUGCAGGACAACGUGGUAGCCCAGUUUACUGUAGAUGAAAAUGGACAGAUGAGUGCCACCGCAAAGGGCAGAGUCAGACUCUUCAAUAACUGGGAUGUCUGUGCUGAUAUGAUUGGCUCUUUCACUGACACUGAGGAUCCUGCCAAGUUCAAGAUGAAGUACUGGGGAGUUGCCUCUUUUCUGCAGAAAGGAAAUGAUGAUCACUGGGUAGUGGACACAGAUUAUGAUACAUAUGCUCUUCAUUAUUCCUGCCGCCAGCUAAAUGAAGAUGGCACUUGUGCUGAUAGCUAUUCUUUUGUGUUCUCCCGGGACCCCAAGGGAUUGCCUCCAGAGGCACAGAAAAUUGUCAGACAAAGGCAGAUAGACCUCUGCUUGGACAGAAAAUACAGAGUUAUCGUUCAUAAUGGAUUUUGCUCUUAAGGAGAUCCAAAUGUAUGGAAGUAAACCAUGUGACAGCACCAUGGAUGUAAAGUUAAUACGUUAAUCAGGUGCUCUUUUGAAAAGCCUUUAGAUGGUUUCAUUUAGAUUUUGAAUAUAUUUAUCUGAGCUGCAUAGCUCAUCUUGUUAAUAAACCAAUGAAACAUUUUAAUAAACUUGAAUUACAGGGGAUGCAAAUUGUCUGUAUGCACAUCUGUACAUAUGUAGACAUUGGUUUUUAUUAAUAAACCAUUAUCAUAAUGCACUAUUUUAAA